AGUAUGAACUUGUGUAUGAUUUAACUGCAGGAAGCAUUAAGAAGGGAAAAGACUGCACUCAGGACGUGCUACACGGACGCGUUCGUGCUUUAAGGGGACGAGUUGCCUCAUGGCUCCUCGGACGGGGACUUUUUCCACUGGGUCACGCUUUUUCUAGUGCGCUCCUUCCCUCCCGACGCUUGUCUUCUUAAUAAAAUCCGGAACGUUCGCCUUGAACCCGUGCGGGUUUUUCCCUUCCCUUCCACUGUGCGUGGAUUUCUCUCCGGGAUCGAGAAAAGGCGACAGAUAAACAACAACAACAACAACAACAAGGACAGCAGACGCGGCAACGGGACGCGGGAUCCGUGGGAUAAACACGAAGUGGGGGAAGAUGAAAGGCGUCUUGGAUUUCUGCGUGCUUUUCCUCACGCUGCACGCGCCCGGCGCGCUGUCCCUGUCCACACAUGUAGCGGUCAUCUACCCUCAGGACCCCGUCCUGCGCAUGGGCUCCAACCUGACCGCCAGCUGCUGGGUCCACCCGGACCUGGGCGUCCACGCCGGCUCCCUGUUCUGGACCCUGAACGGCCAGCAGCUGCCCAGCGCGCUGUACCGCGUGCUGAGCCCCACCAACCUCAGCGUGACGCUGGCCGGCCUCAGCGCCUCCAAGCAGAAGUCGGGGGACAACCUGGUCUGCCACAACCACAAGGGCCACAUCCUGGCGGGCUCCUGCCUCUACGUCGGCAUGCCUCCAGAGAAGCCGGUCAACCUGACCUGCUGGUCCAGGAACACCAAAGACCUGACCUGCAGCUGGGCUCCGGGAGGAAAAGGCGAGACCAACAUCAGCACGCAGUACACGCUCAAGUACAAGCUCCGGUGGUACGGUAAAGAGAAGGAGUGUGAGGACUACACUCACACGCAGCCGUACUCCUGCAGCAUCACCAGGGACCUGCACCUCUUCACGCCCUACGAGAUCUGGGUGGAGGCCUCCAACCAGCUGGGCCGCGCCACCUCUGAUGUCAUCACCCUGGACAUCCUAGACGUGGUGACCACGGAUCCCCCCUCAGGUGUGACUGUGAGCCGCGUUGGGCAGCUGGAGGAUCAGCUGAGUGUUCGCUGGGAAGCUCCUCCUGCUCUCAAAGACUUCCUGUUUCAGGCUAAAUACCAGAUUCGCUACAGACUGGAGGACAGCCAAGACUGGAAGGUGAUGGAUGACGUUGGGAACCAGACCUCUUGCCGGCUGGCUGGACUCAGACCUGGCACUGUGUACUUUGUCCAGGUUCGCUGCAACCCCGUGGGCAUUUAUGGGUCUCGCAAAGCCGGGAUCUGGAGCGAGUGGAGCCACCCCACGGCUGCAUCCACACCCCACAGCGAGCGCUUGAUGUCGGGCUCCUGCGACUCCAAGUCCAGCGGCGACUCCAACUCCACGCUGCGCCGGGAGCUGAAGCAGUUCUUCGGCUGGGUGCGCAAGCACGCGUACGGCUGCAGCAGCAUGUCCAUGAAGCUGUACGACCAGUGGCGCGUGCUGAUGCAGAAGUCCCACAAAGCUCGCAACCAGGUAGGUUCUUCAAGGGGAUAAAUCCUAGCGCACCCUGCAUUUAGAAGCAGGAAUCUGAGAACAGAAGUGAGUGCCAGCGUCAUGUUUGUGUCUAUGCCGGAAAAAGAUUGUACUCAUAUACGGGAAUUAUAAAGACAAUUUGCUUUGGACGUUCACCAGCAAUGGACGUGAGAGGACCUCCGAAGAAAAGCAGUGGGACUCUCUUCCUUUAUGCAUCUUUUCCAGCCGAGGUGGACUCGGGCUCCGGCCGAGGAGGCGGAGCCGCCGCGGGCGCCGUGUGGACAUCGAACCACCAGGACGUUAGCGAGGACGUUCCACGCGGCGGCCGCUCUAAACCUCACAACAGAUUCCAGGGAGGAUCACAGAGCGUUGGUUGUGUUUCGAAGGCUUUGUGGGAGGAUCCAAAGCACCAUCUAGUGGCCGCUGGCCGUGCGUGGACGCUCUGGUUGAAGCUUUCCCUCUGGUCCUGGUGUAAAAAGCAAAUCACUCUUAUUAAUAACAGUAUUUGUAGUUUGUGCUUUGUUGUAGCCUGUAACGCCCAGGAUGUGUCUGUUUCUGAGUGACAGCGUGUGUUGUUGUGUGUGAAGACGUUUCGCGGCCUUUAUUUUUGUAUUGAAUUGUACCAGCAUAUUUAAAACUGUAUAAAGUUAUGUUUUAUUUCCUAAGUUAUGUUUAGUCAGUAAAGAAAUAUCAGUGAAUGAA